AUAUACAUUUAUACCUAAUUCCACAAAACCCUUGCUUUCCCGAUUCCAAUCCAUAGCUGUCUCGAUCAUUUGAUCUGUUACACUAAAAUCGCUAGAUCUUUGAGUCUUUCUCAGUCGCCGAUCCAAGCAUGGAUGAAGAGUACGAUGUGAUUGUGCUUGGGACCGGUCUCAAAGAAUGCAUCCUCAGCGGUCUUCUCUCCGUCGAUGGCCUUAAGGUUUUGCACAUGGAUAGAAAUGACUACUAUGGAGGAGAGUCAACUUCACUCAAUCUUAUUCAGUUAUGGACGAGGUUUAGGGGAAGUGAUAAGCCUCCAGCCAAUUUGGGCUCGAGUAGGGAUUAUAAUGUGGAUAUGAUCCCAAAGUUUAUGAUGGCAAAUGGUACUCUUGUACGAGUCCUCAUUCACACAGAUGUUACCAAAUAUUUGUCCUUCAAAGCCGUUGAUGGUAGCUUUGUCUACAAUAAAGGAAAGGUUCACAAGGUGCCGGCAACUGACAUGGAGGCCCUCAAAUCUCCUCUCAUGGGUAUUUUUGAAAAGCGUCGUGCUCGCAAGUUCUUCAUUUAUGUCCAAGAUUAUAUUGAAAGUGAUCCCAAAACACACGAUGAUCCCAAAACACACGAGGGCAUGGAUCUAACUAGGGUGACAACUAGAGAGCUUAUUGCGAAAUAUGGUCUUGAUGACAAUACUGUGGAUUUUAUCGGUCAUGCGCUUGCACUUCACAGAGAUGACCACUACUUAGAUGAGCCUGCUUUGGAUACUGUGAAAAGAAUGAAGCUUUAUGCUGAGUCUCUUGCACGUUUUCAAGGAGGAUCACCAUACAUUUACCCAUUGUACGGACUGGGAGAGCUCCCUCAGGCAUUUGCUCGGCUAAGUGCUGUUUAUGGUGGGACGUAUAUGUUGAAUAAACCUGAGUGUAAGGUAGAGUUUGAUGAAGAAGGCAAGGUCGUAGGUGUUACAUCAGAAGGUGAAACAGCUAGGUGCAAGAAAGUUGUAUGUGAUCCUUCCUACUUACCCAACAAGGCUAGAAAAGUUGGCAAGGUUGCAAGGGCAAUUGCCAUUAUGAGCCACCCAAUCCCAAACACAAACGAUUCUCACUCAGUGCAGGUUAUUCUGCCACAGAAGCAGUUGGGUCGUAAAUCAGAUAUGUAUCUUUUCUGUUGUUCUUAUACUCACAAUGUUGCACCAAAGGGCAAAUACAUUGCAUUUGUGUCGUCCGAGGCAGAGACUGAUCACCCUGAAAUUGAACUAAAGGCAGGAAUUGAUCUUCUGGGACCUGUGGAUGAAUUGUUCUUUGAUACUUAUGACAGAUACGAACCAGUCAAUGAGCCUUCUCUGGACAAUUGUUUUAUAUCUAUGAGUUAUGAUGCCACAACUCACUUUGAGUCGACUGUGACAGAUGUGCUCAAUAUGUAUGCCAUGAUUACUGGAAAGGCUGUUGACCUUAGCGUGGAUCUAAGCGCAGCUAGUGCUGCAGAAGAAUGAGAAACCUUUUUCUUUUUUAGUUGUUGCUGUCUAGCACUCAUGCUGAUGGGACAGUUAGAGAAUCUCAAGAUCUCGUACCAUGCUGUAGCUGUGCUUUGUUGUUAUUGAAUGAAUUCCUUGAGAUGUCAAAUGUUUUCGUUUUCGGUUGUGUUUUUAUUUUUUUUGUUUUGCUGGAACCUGUUUAAUGAAAGUUGGAUCGAAUUUAAUUUGGAUUUCUGUUUCAUUAUUAUAUAGAUAAUAUAUCCAUACAUAAUUGAUAUUUUA